AUGGACAUGGUCUCUGGUGCUUCCGAACUAGAGUCCCUGGCUGCAUCCGGACGACGAUUUGUUCCAGACCGGGGAUUUGCCGGUGUCGAUCCUAGCAGACGGUUGGAUGGGCCAGUUCAGUUUGAAAAAGACCUUAAUGUAGAUGAAGAAGAUCCUUUUCAACUUAGCAAGUUCCUUUCGGCGGCUAAGAAAGCUCAAAAGAGGUCCAGUGACAAUAAUGCUCCUUCUUCCAGCACAUCAAUCGCCGACGCUAAUCGGGACACUACUCAUAGAAAGCGAGAACGUCGAGAAUGA